CUUCUAAUAAUUGCACGCAGAUCACCGUGCACCGUGUAUUUACAUUUCGAACUUCAUGUUCUAGAGAUGUGACGUAUUCUUGGUUAGGAAUAUUUAUUAGUUUGCAAAGAGAAUUGUGCCUCAAUAUACUGUAUGAUUACAUUAGUGUGUGAUAAUAAUAUAGUGUAAAUAUUACCGCGAAAAUGAAUGGGUUGUUGUUAUUAUUGUUAGUGCCUCUGUUAACAAACAUCGUUGAGCCGGCAAAUAUUUUAUAUAUUAUACCGUUUUCGUCGGUAUCACAUUAUAUAUUGCUGCGUCCAAUCGGUGUGGAACUAGCGCGCCGAGGACACAAUGUCACUGUCAUAACAUCGCAGAAAGAAAAAGAUCCACCGUCGAAUUACCACGAGGUCCUAGUCGAUGAUAAAAAGAUUUGGGAUAUAUUAGGCACAGAAAGACCGAACGUAUUUACUAUGGUUAAUAUGACAGCUGAAGAUUUCCAUAAACAUAUCCUGUGGGCAGGUGGUGUAGCUUUUACAGAAUUAACGUUAAAUUCAACUGACGUCAAAGCUUUUUUGAAAAAAGACAACAAUUUUGAUUUGGUCAUAAGUGAACAAUUUUACCAAGAGGCUUUGUAUACCCUAGCUUACAAAUAUAAUACACCAUUAGUAUUAGUCACGACAUUUGGUAAUUGCAUGAGGCAUAAUGUUGUAAAUAGAAACCCUCUACAACUCGCUACAGUGACAUCAGAAUUUUUAGAUGUAAAAGACCCGACGAGUUUUUGGGGAAGGUUUAGGAAUUUCUAUUUCACGGCUUAUGAUUAUUUCUGGUGGAGAUUCUGGUAUUUGAAGAAACAAGAGGAAUUGGUUGUAAAAUAUUUACCAGAAAUAGCGAAUGAUGUGCCGAGUUUGUACGAAUUGCAAAAGAAUGUGUCAUUGAUGAUGAUCAAUAGCCACUUCAGCUACGAUACACCCUCAGCUCUGUUACCCAAUAUAAUCGAAAUUGGAGGAGUUCAUCUGUCCAACAGUAAUGCAAGUUUGCCAGAGGAUCUUCAGAAACUUUUGGAUGAAUCAAAUAAUGGAGUUGUGUACAUCAAUUUCGGGUCAAACGUUAGGAGUUCUGAGUUACCACUAGACAAGAAGGUGGCAUUUCUAAAUGUUUUUAGAAGACUGAAACAAACAAUACUAUGGAAAUGGGAGGACGACCAGUUAGAUAACAAACCUAGUAAUUUGGUUACACGUAAAUGGUUACCUCAAAAGGAAAUUCUUGCACAUCGUAAUAUUAAAGUGUUUGUAUCACACGGCGGCUUGAUAGGAACGCAAGAAGCUAUAUUUAAUGGAGUACCUCUCAUCGGCGUUCCAAUAUAUGCUGAUCAAUUUAACAACUUGCUUCUCGUCGAAGAAGCGGGCUUCGGCAAAAUCCUCCAGUAUCACGAUAUUAAUGAAAAAACCUUAUACGAUUCUCUCAAUGAAAUUUUAAAUAAUAAUUCUUAUAUAGAAAAGGCUAAAGAAAUAUCCCAAGCAUUUAAGGAUAGACCGAUGACCGCUUUGGAUACAGCCAUGUUCUGGAUAGAAUAUAUAAUAAGAAAUAAAGGAGCUGAUUAUAUGAAGAAUCCGGCAAGAAAUAUGAGCUGGGUCGCUUACACUAUGAUUGAUGUGUAUGCUUCAAUAUUGAUAUUUUUAAUUAUCAUUAUUGUAAUAUCUGUUAAAGUGACGCGAUCUAUUCUGAAUGUUUUACGUGUUCAUAAAAUCCAAGUAAAAAAUAAAAAGAAGCGCUUGUAAAAAUAGGAUAAUUAUGCUUUUAGAUGAAUAUUUCAUUUAUUAAAUAGCUCUAGUUGAAUCUUGUUUGUGAUUUGAUAUGAUAUUAUAUUAAGACAAUGUAAGUUUGACAAGGUAGUUAUUUUAAAGUAGUUUGAUGGAAUCCGUAGAACGAUGGUACAAAUUGUAAAUUAUCAUCAAGGCUCAUAUAGGUACAUAUACCAUUCAAUCGUAGCGACUGACAUAUAACUAAUGCCUUUAAUGAAACCUAUCUUUUAACAUGUGACGUAGUUCCUUUUUAGUUGUAGAAUAGUUGCCAACUUGUUUGUACCUUCCCAGAUGACUUUGCAGAAAAGCUUAAAAGUAAAAGUUAGGUAUGGUGUGUACGUACAUAAUUAUAGUAUUUAGAAGGCAGAGCCUGUAUUUGUUUUAGGUUAUUCUCUUACGUUAUUUAAUCAUUGAUAUUUAAGUAGUAUUUUUCGUAUACCUAACUCCACAAACUUGUCUGACGAAAGGUUAAUCUUUUAGCAGUUUUGGUUCGUCAGUGAAUAAAUGUAGCGUUGACACUUUGCAUAUCGCGAAACAGUCCACAUAUAAUUAGACCAACAUUUGCCGUAAGCAUUGCUGUUUGAACAGCCAUACGUUUGCGCUGUGUAAGUAGAGUCUCAACUAUAAGCUAACAUAUGCAUUCAAAUGUCGAGAUUGUUUCGUUUAAUUUUAAUGAUGACAAUUUUUUUUUAUAUACGUUUCAAUUUUCAUUUGUUAUAUUUAAAUUAGUCUGUCUAUGAAAUUUACAUGCUCUGGAAAGAUGAUUGUAAGAUGGUCCGUUUUGUAGUUUACUAAUGAAUCAUUUAUAGAAUUCCCUUUGUUUGAAUAGAAUAUGAUUUAUUUUUCUCUCACACCAACCUCAUUUUUAUUAAACUAUUUAGGUAAUUAACUAAAUAGGCUAGUCUUCUUUUUUCUCAUUAAUUAAUCGAUUCAAGUCGAACACCACAUAAUCCCAUAAGUCAGAUUUCACGUGCCAAAAUAUCGGAUAAAGUUCCAUAUAAACUGUACGUGAACGUAAAAACUUAGUACGUAACAAAACGAAACAUUAAUUUUUAUGUAUCAUAUUAUUCUUAAAUAUUCGCAGUGCCAAUCAAGUUAAUAAACUACUUCAAUCUGAAUUGUAAUUGGUCGAUCAUAUCCGAUGACGUAACGACUAAUGAGCGUUCAGUAUUUAGACGGUCUAGUAAAUCUGACACAGAUCAGCGUUUCAUGGAAGUCUUCCUUUCAAGAAUUUCGUUUAAAGUAUUCCAAUGGGAUUCCAAUGGAAUGUGAACAAUAGCAAUUAACGGCUUUAUUGAUAAAUGUAAUUUAGUGGUUCUAAAGUAAUUAUUAGACACUGAUUUCUUUCUUUAUAUUAUAAUUGUUUUUAUAUAGAAAUUAAAAUUAAAAAGUUUGGUAUAUUAGUAGGAAUGGAGAAAGAACUUGCAGCGAUACUGAUUGUGUUAUUAUUAUCUUUUUGCUUAUUAUGUGUUUGAUGAAAAUAUGUAUCUGUGAUUUGUAUUAAUUAAAUAAACUUUAUUUUUUUAAACAGACAGUCAACAAUUUAUUUGAAAUAAUUAAAAAAAAAAAACAAAUUUAUUAAACAGUGUGUUCUUUUAC